CCCCUGGCGGCGGUUGGCCUCGCCGGCCGGCGCGGCGCCGCUCUCUAUGGCCGUUGCCCGUGGCAGGGCCUCUGUUUACUUCCGGCAGCCCGGCGCCGCGGUGCAUGGGGCGCCCGCCCGCCCGCCGCCAUGGCCGAGCCCGAGCCCGCCGAGGAGGAUGAGCUGCCGGUGCCCGAAUCAGGUGCUGUUUUCACAUUUGGAAAAAGCAAAUUUGCGGAAGAUACUCCUAGCAAGUUCUGGUUCAAAAAUGACAAGCCUGUACUUAUAUCAUGUGGAGAUGAACAUACAGCUAUUGUUACAGGAAAUGGUAAACUAUACAUGUUUGGCAGUAACAACUGGGGCCAAUUAGGACUAGGAUCAAAGAACACUGUCAGCAAACCAACAUGUGUUAAAGCUUUAAAACCAGAAAAAACAAAACUUGCUGUUUGUGGAAGAAACCACACUUUAGUUUACACAGAAAAAGGAAAUGUGUAUGCUGCUGGAGGUAACAGUGAAGGUCAGUUGGGAUUAGGUGACACAGAGGAAAGGACCACAUUUCAUUUAAUUAGUUUUUUUACCAACCAGCACAAGAUCAAACAGCUAGCAGCUGGAUCAUACACCUCAGCAGCAGUAACUGAGGAUGGGCAGCUUUUUGUGUGGGGUGACAAUUCGGAAGGUCAGAUUGGCUUGGCUGAUGAAGCCUGUGUCAGUGUCCCUUGUCAAGUGGAUGUUGGAAAACCCGUUUCCUCUGUAUCCUGUGGAUAUUAUCACUCUGCCUUGAUAACAGGAGAUGGUGAGCUCUAUACCUUUGGAGAACCUGAUAAUGGGAAACUGGGAUUAUUGCCUGAGCAGCUGAAGAACAAUAGAGUCCCACAGCCUGUACUGGGAAUUAUGGAAAAGGUUAAUAAGGUUGCUUGUGGUGGAGAACACACAGUGGUGCUGACAGAGACAGAUGUAUAUACUUUUGGACUUGGACAAUAUGGGCAGCUGGGACAUGGUACUUUUAUUUUUGAAACUUCAGUACCAAAGUCUGUAAAACACUUGAGGAAGCAUAAAAUAUGUAACAUUACGUGUGGGGAAAAUCAUACUGCUGUAAUAGCAGAGAAUGGCCUCAUGUUUACUUUUGGAGAUGGGCGACACGGCAAAUUAGGCCUUGGAGAAGAGAAUUUUACAAAUCAGUUUGAUCCCGCUCUGUGUUAUAACUUCUUGAGGUUCACAGUCCUUUUGGUUGCUUGUGGUGGUUGUCACAUGCUAGUUUUUGCUGCUCCAAGACCUAAAGGAUCUGAAGCAGUACUCCUGGAAGAUAUAUAUGAGAGCCAUUUGACUGCUACUAUCUCUAAAAUGAGUGGAGACUCAGCACUAACAAACACCUUUCAGCUAACAUCAGCACGAAUGCGACGUCGAGAGAGGGAAAAGUCACCAGAACAGUUUAUUCGAAUGGCACGAACUUUGCCUCCCCUGGGAGAAGGCUUCUUAAAAUCUUCACUGCCUGUGACUAGCAACACUAGCCCACUCUAUUUUUCUGCAACAAGUCUUCCUAAAGCUAAACCUAUGAAGGAUAGAGAGCAUGAAAAAGAAAAGGAUCAUCAAAAAGAUAAACCUGGUGAAGGCUCUGCAGAAGAUUCAGAUAAUGAAAAUAGUGACAGAAACCUUGGAGAUACAACUGACAUCCUAAAUAUGACACAUGCAAUGAAAUUGAAUCCCAGUGACCAGUCCUUAAAACUAUCACCACUCCAAAAACAAAAGAAGAACAAUAAAAAUGUGAAACUGAAAAGAGAUGGUAAGGGUGGGCUGAAAAACAAGGAUUCUGAUUUCAUGAAAGAGGGCUCAAAAUUAGACUUCGGGUCUUUACAAAAGCAGUCUUCACUUUCAGAAUCACCAGGACAAGAUUUAGGAAAAAGUAGUGACUUUAUAGGAAAGCCUGUGGCCAAAAAAAAUACAGUCAAAGGUAAAUCUGAGCAUACACAAUGUGUUAGUAUGUUGAAAAGUGGUAUUCAGCAAAUUACUAAGAACAAACACAAGUUAGUGAAAAGGGGAAAAGAAUGUGUGGAAAAUACUGAAUUUGUCAGAGGGAGUGUAAUUUAUAAUCUUCCCACUGAAAAACAAGUUCUGACUGAAAAAACAAAGUCUUCCAAUAAAAAGUCAAAAGCUGUUAAAUCUAAACAAUCCCUUGAAAUAGAUGUACUUCCUUCUGCAUCUAAGGAUUGGCCCCAGAGUGAUUCAUUAGUUGAACAAAAAUACAGUCCUGUUAAAAAGCAAGGAAGCCAACAAGCAAUAGAAAGUCAAAACAAAAUGAAGGAUAUUGUUGAAAAUUCUGAUAAAUGUGUAAGAAUAUUCGUCAGAGAAGAAAAUAGUGAAGACCAGAGAGGGCUUAAAAAAAAGGAUCAAUUUUUGAAACAAAUAGCUGCAACUAUGUCAUCAUUUUCAACUGAGGAAAGUAGUAAUGAUCUCCCAAAAUAUGUACUUAAGAGUAGGGAAAAAGAAGACAACUACUAUGAAGGCAGAGAGGUCCAGAAGGCAGUGAAAACAGUAGAAGUGAAAGGUUUGGACUUAGAAAAAGAACACAGUGAUAUUGAGGAGAUGCAAGCUACAAACAGUGAGAAAGAAUAUGUAGAAGAGACUGGUAUAAAAAGCCUGAAUGAAGAAGAAACAAACUCUGAAGCUAAAUCUGAUGAAGAUGGGCAGUUAGAAGUUAAGAAUGAGGAGGAAUCUAAUCAGGAGAGUGAAGGCAGUGAAAAGGGUGAAAGUGAAAAAGAAAAUCUAGACGAAACAGUUGACAGUGAAGGUGAACUAGGGGAGGAAGAAGAGAGUGAGGUUAAAAAAGAUAGAGAUGAAGUUUCAGUAGAAAGAAAUGAUGAUGAAGAGGAAGAAGAUAAUGAGGAAGAAAAUGAAAGAGAGGAAUCACAGGCUGAAAGAGACAAUGAGAAUGAGGGUGCAGAAGAGAUUGAAGAGAUUAAUCGGAAAGAUAGCAAAGAGCAAGGAGAUGAGGAAGGCAGGUUGUUGGAGGAAGAAGAAAUGCUGAGUGAAGAAGAGGAUGUGGAGGAGGACUAUGCAAAAGAGGAAUACACUGAAAAAGAAAAGAAGGGACAAGUUAAAAGUGAGGGAAGAGAUGAGAGUGAGGAAGGAGGUGAAGAUAGAGAGGGGGAGGAAGAAAAAGAGGUAGAGGCAGAAGAGGAAGGAGAAGAUGAAAAGGAAAAUGAAGAAGAAACCAAAGAAAUGGAGAAUGAAAAAGACAGAGAGGGUGAAGAGGAGGAGUUAGAAGAAUCACUGGCAGAAAGGGAAGAAGAACAGGUAUCCGAAGAAGAACAGGAAGAGGAGGAUGCAAAUAGGAGGGUUAAGGAUGGGGGGGAGGAUGGAGAGGAAGAAACAGAAGAGGAGGAGAAUGAAGUUGAAGGGGAAAGAGAAGAUGAGGAAGAGGAAGGAGCAGAGGCAGAAGGGGAGGAGGGGGAAGAAGAUGAAAACAAGGAAGAAGAGGAGUGGGAAAAUGAAGGAGAGGAAGGAGAAAAAGAAGAAGAUGAAGAAGAGGGAGAAGGGGUGGAAGAAGAUGAGGUAGCAGCGGAGGAAGAAGAAGAGGGAGAAGGAGUGGAAGAAGAUGAGGGAGCAGGGGAAGAAGAAGAAGAGAGAGAAGGAGUAGAAGAAGAUGAGGGAGCAGGGGAGGAAGAAGAAGAGGGAGAAGGAGUGGAAGAAGAUGAGGGAGCAGGGGAAGAAGAAGAGAGAGAAGGAGUGGAAGAAGAUGAGGGAGCAGGGGAGGAAGAAGAAGAGGGAGUUGAAGAUGAGGGAGAAGAGGGAGUGGAGGCAGAGGAGGAAGAGGGAGAAGAGGAAAAGGGAGGAGAGGAAGAAGACAGGGAAGAGGGAGAAGAAGGGGAAGAGGGAGAGGAGGAACAAGGAGGAGGAGAGGAAGAAGGCGAUGUGGGAGAGGAGGAAGAAGGAGGUGAAGAAGAAAAAGCAAAAGGUAAAAGAAAAAAUUAUAGUAAUCAGCUUCCACAAAAGGAAAGCAAAACCAGGAAGCUGGAGAAGACACAAAGUACUACUUUACCAAACAGCUCUAAACAAAAAAUGAAAUCCAAACAGCAUGUAGCAAAUGGUUUACAUAAUUCAGAACUAUUUUGGAACAAUGUACUACCUCAUUAUUUAACACUAAAGUAGCAUAGUCUACUGGAGAUGCAUUUUAAGCCUAUUCAGCGAACUUUGAAACUAUGGCAGAUUGAUUUUUAUUACUUAAAAAAAAUUUAAUAUUGUCAAAAUACAUUAUUAUGCAUACACUUUAAGUGCCAAUUUACUGAAAAAUACUGAAGAAAAGAUUUAGAUUUGAGAGGCUUUUAUUACAGAAAUCAUAUAAAUUGUUGAUACAGUCAUUUACACAAUCAUCUUCAUCACAUAUGACACAGAUUUUAAAAAAUAAUUGCUGAGGAAGCAAAAUGUGUUUGCCACAUUUAAAUUAUAAUGCCAUGCUCAUAACAUGAAUUAUACAUUGUAACAGUGUAAUCUUCUUUGCCUUUGAAUCAGAUUUCUUAAGAUAAUACAUCCAUUUUAGUUGCAGGAUAGAUUAUUUGUUAAUGUGCCUUAUAUGAAAGAAGAACCAAUAAAUUAUCAAAGGUACAUAGUUUUAAGUUUUGGUAUCACUCCAUAUUCAUUCUCCCUACUUUUUUUCUGUUCAUAUAUUGGUAAAAUAUUUGAGUACUCUGCAUUAAUUAAAGAAAGGACAAGUUGCCAAAUUUACAUGGGUUGGUAGAUGGGAGGUAUAUGGAAAUGCAGGCCUGGGUAAAUGGUGGCCUGGGCUUUUUCAGAGGCCUUAAUGUUGUUUUUUUAUUUUGGUGUGAGGACACAAUUAUGUACAAAAAGACAAACACAAAUCUCAGAAUCUGGCCUAGAUUACAUUAGAGUCAGAAUGCAUCUGUUUAGGGAUAAUUUUUGACUAUCACAUUUGGUGAUUAGAUAUAAUUAAGAAUUUGAAAAUAUUUAUUAUUUAUAAAUCUUCAUAAUUAUUUACUUGUUUAUACUGUGCAAUACAGAAAAGAUUAUGUAUCUGCCUACAGAAGACUACACUACAUUAGUCAUCCAACUCUUAGGUUCUCAAGGAGGGGAAUAUAUUUUGAUGUGGUGAGAAGUGUACAUAUGUUUUCAGGAUCAGAGCCCAAGCUUCUCCUUAUCGGAGAUUUGUGUUUUUCCCUCCUAAAAAUCACAUCUGUGAUCUCCAAAGAGAGCACAAUGUAAUAAACCAAGAAGCCAGAUGUACUAGUAGAGAAAGUGGCAUGAAAGUCUGAUUUCUUUUUUGAAAAAUACAAAGUAUGUUAAUACUUCUGGAGUUCCCUUAAAAUACACAAGUAAAUCUUGCAAAUUAUUGUUGUAAAGUAUUGCAUUGCUGUCUGGACAAUUAGUGGUCAAACUGGCAAAAGUAGGGAUAGGGACUCAUCAUACAACAUUAUUACUUAAAUACCGUGCUAAUGGGUGGUCUGGGAAAUUUUUGUAAAGAGAUCUCAGUAUUGGUAUUAUUUAGAAAAAUAGGUAUUUAAAUCCAAUUUGAAAAUGAGGACAGGAGAAGAAAGGAUCAAAAUGAGUAAGUGUAAUUCAAUAAAAGUGUUAAUGGAAUCAAUACUUCUGUUGAGAUUAUGAAACAUUCUUAAUGUUGUUUUGUAAGAUACUGGCAUUAAACUAUCUUUGACACAGUGUCUCCAGAAUUUAUUUUCUAAAAAGGCUGUAGUAGAUUAAUAGUUUGCCAGUAGAUUCGAGUCCAGUUCCAUCCUUCCUACCUCAGUCACCCGUUCCAUAUACCCCUUCCUUGCUUAUGAAGGUAAGAUUGCUUUCAGUCCUGUGCUGUGCCUAACUGUAACAAAAAGUUAGUCCAGUGACUGUAUUUUGUCCCUGUGAAAUUUGUCUCAAGCUUUGGGAUUUUCUGCGAUACACUGUCUUGACAUCAGCAUGUAUAAGUCUUUGGAAAAUGGUAAGUAUCCUCAUAUUCUGAUAGAGUCGAAUAUUUUAACAGUUAAAUGCACUUCCUGAGAAAACAGCUCUCUAACAAUGGAGUCCUCGGUUAUUUCACAGAAG